AUGGCCGAAGUAAAGUUACGUUCACGUUCAGAACUAAAUGUGCUUGCUAUUUGUCAUUUGCACGGUGCCCUCGACACCGAGGUGCGUUAUACAAAAUUAAUAAUAAAAUGCGAAGAACAUAUAAAAGAAAAAAAGGGUGCAAAACCACGUAUACGUGUUGACCCACAAAUUCUUAAAGAAGCUGUGAACAAGGUAUUGGAGGGAAAUGCGAUCGAAGGUACUGCCAAAGAGUAUAACGUCCCAAUAAUGACACUGAAAAAGUAUGCAAGAAAACAAAUGGACCAGAAAAAUGAGAUUACAUACGAGCCUAAUUAUAGACAGUCCCAAGUCUUCACUAAAGAAGAGGAGUUGCAUUUAGCUAUGUACCUAGAAAAAGCUAGCAAACUCCAUCAUGGGCUAUCUUCUCUGUGUUUUCGGCAGCUAGCAUAUCAGUUAGCUAUUCAAAACCAAAAGCCAGAUUAG